GCUACAGUGCUUGUUUCAUGGUUUUCUUUUUCAUUGCUUGUGUUUGUAUUUAAAAUAAAUGUAUUUAAAUAUGAACAAUUCGGCUUCAUUAUGCACAGUGAUUGCUGUAUGUUUCUCAUUAAAAUUCCAGCAAGACUAGCCUACAGUCUUCUCUAGUCUAUUUCUGUAUAACUGAAGUAAUUGCUGACUUAACAUUUCGGCUUUUCGACAGAAACAGAUGCGAAACUAAAACAGACAGAUGGCAUGCUACAGCCAAUUUCCACCCGCAUCAUUUCAAGUCUUAAGUGCUAGUUAUUUACAACAUCUGAUUGUUAGGAUACUAGUAGUAUAGUGUAUGAAAUCGACGUCGCUAGUGGAGUUUUUAAGAACGAAUAUUGAGUCCGGCCCGGGGGGAGGAGGGAGUGAAACACAACAGCAAAACAGCGCACACACACACAGCUGCCGUGAACCGCUGGGACUGAGACGGCUGAGACAAAAUGACAUCCAGAAAGAAAGUGUUACUCAAAGUCAUCAUUCUAGGUGAUUCAGGAGUUGGGAAGACUUCUCUGAUGAACCAGUAUGUGAAUAAGAAAUUUAGUAACCAGUACAAAGCCACAAUAGGUGCUGACUUUCUGACGAAAGAGGUGAUGGUGGAUGACAGACUUGUUACAAUGCAGAUCUGGGACACGGCAGGGCAGGAGCGCUUCCAGUCACUGGGAGUGGCCUUUUACCGUGGAGCAGACUGCUGUGUAUUAGUGUUUGAUGUGACUGCACCUAACACCUUCAAGACCCUAGACAGCUGGAGAGAUGAGUUUCUGAUCCAGGCCAGCCCUCGUGAUCCAGAGAACUUCCCAUUUGUGGUGUUAGGCAACAAAAUUGACCUGGAGAACAGGCAGGUAACGACAAAGCGAGCACAGGCCUGGUGUCAGAGUAAGAGCAAUAUCCCCUACUUUGAAACCAGUGCCAAGGAAGCUAUCAAUGUAGAGCAGGCCUUCCAGACCAUCGCACGCAAUGCACUGAAGCAGGAGACGGAGGUUGAGUUGUACAACGAAUUCCCAGAGCCGAUAAAACUGGACAGAAAUGAGCGAGCCAAGCCAUCAGCAGAGACCUGCAGCUGCUGAAGGCCGUGCAGCCUCUGGAACCCCCUCUACUGUGGUUUCUGGCCUUCUGCAGCUCCGCCACCUUUUUCCCCAACUCUCCAUCCAUGUGUCCAAACACCACUCGUUUACAAAAGUAGCUAACUGCCAUAGUAAAUGAGUCCACUUUCCCCCUAUAGAAUGUAAUAGAUUUCACACCCACAUUCACAUAAGAGUGCAAGUGCACACACACACACCGCACACAGUAAAAAUCUCUAUCAGCAAGCACUAAUACAGAUUCACACCCCAAUUAUGCUCAUAUCUCUAAAGUUCACCACUUCCCUGUUGUAAUUCAUCCAGUGACACAUCCUACUUAAAGGGGGUUGGGGUUUUAAUCAUUGAUUAGAUACAUUUUAACUGUUAAUUCCUGAUAUUGACAGGUUGGAGAUGACUGCAAAGGGGUAGUUAUCAUUUGUAAGAUCAUCCUAGGUUUCAUAUUGAGCCAUACCAGUUCACAUAAUCUUUUUUUUUUUUUUUUUUGGU